GUAAGCAAAACGCAAAAUACCGAUGCCCCUAUUGCCUGAUGCCAUUGUUGUUUAUUGCCGCGGGGGGCACCCUCGCACUUGCCUUGCGCGCGGCUGUUCGCGUCCUUCAAAGACGGAAGGAGGACGCUAACCAUAGAGAUGGCUACGGGAAGGAGGAGGACUUCUUCUUCACUGACGAGGAUGCUGGUACUAGUACAAGCUAUCGACGCGCUGACAAUCGCACUCUGGACCUGAGUUGCCCCGUGCCUGAGAAAGCGUGUGGGGAGCAGAGCCUGCACUUGAGCAGGCAGCAUUUGGAGGCUGUCGCCGCUGAACCGGAAUUCGUGGAAGAUGGCCCCUUUGAGGACCUGGCGUCGGUCUCCAGCAGCGAGGCCCGCCGCCGCGCCACCAGCAUUCGGAAGGUCCGCGAGUGGGACGACACGGGCGCCACCCUGGACUGGAUCCAAGCGGAAGCUAUUGACCGAGAUGGAAGCGCCGGCGGCGCCAGCAGCGGUAGCGGCAGCGGUGGGGUUGGCAGCGGCGGCAGUGGUGGAGGAAGCGGCGGAAGCGGUGGCAGCGGCAGCAGCUGCGGCGAGGAUUCCCGCACCCUAACCGGCGGCAGGACAGCAACCCGCAGCGCUGCGUCCUCUUCCGCCACCUCCUCCUCCCCGAGCCAUCAGGAGGCCCCGCCCUCGCCCUUCUCCACGCCGCAAUCCUCGCGGCUGCAUGCCUGCGGGCCCACGCAGGGGGGCACACCCGCCAAGACGGCGUUUGGUUCCCUUGUGGCCCUGGAAUCAGCGGGUCCCAAGCAGCAACAGCAGCUGCAGCUGGUGUGCGGGGAGUGGGUGGCGGGGAAGGGAGGUGAUGUGGCUGCAGUAUGCGACAUCGCUAGAGGCAGCGGCGGUGGUGGUGCAGGUGCCGUUGCUGCUGCGCGCAAGGGAGUUAGCGAGGCUGUUGCGGCAUGCAGCAGCACGGCCGGCAUCUGCAGCCAUGAUAGCGGCGGCAGCGGCGCCGGUGACGGCAGUGGCGGCGGCGGCUCCGGAGGUGUUGAUGCAGUGGGACAGGGCGCAGGCAGGGACGGUGUGCCCUUGCCGGCGCUUCCGUUUACUGAGCAGGAGAUCUGCGACAUCCACACGAACAGUAACAAGAAGGGAGGUAAGAAGAGCGACAGCAACAGCUGCGGCACGGGCGAAACAGCGACCUCAUCCUCCCGCCACUCCUCAUGCAGCCCCGCUGCCAGCGCUGCUCAUUCCUCCGACCCAGAAUCCGAAAAACAGGCCAAGCAACACCACCCAAAGCACCAGCCCCAACCUCAACAGCAGCACCAACGGCGUUCGGUGUCAGACCCAGAUCCAGACCCUGCCUCAGCGUCUGCGUCUGCGUCUGCUGCCGCCGCCCCCGCCGCUUCAGCUAAACCAGCCACCACUACCACCACCUCCAAAACCGCACCCCCUCCUGCUGCUCCUUCUCCUUCCCCCGCUCGUCCACGUCUCACGGACCUUCACGCCGAACUUGAGGAGCGUCGAUCCGCGGAAGCUGCCGCGGCCGCCGCUGCCGCCCAGCCCCUGCCUCCCACCAUCCUAGCCACCCGCCCACCCGACCCGAAGAGCCUGCUGGCCAUCCAGAAGCAGGUGGAAGCGCUGCGGCUGCAGCACCUGCAGCGGCAGGCGCAGGCGCUGCUGCCGGCACCAGCUGCUUCCAGAGGCGCGGGGCAGCAGCCCCUGCAGCACAUGACGCAGCAGCAGCAGCCCCUGCAGCAACAGCAGCAGGUGCAUGUACAGCAGGUAGGAAUGCAGCAGCUGCAGAGGGACAUAGCAGGAGGGGCGUACAUGCUGCAGGCGCAGCAGCCGGUGGCGGGGGCUACUGGUGUUCCGCAAAUGCUGCAUCCCUCACAGCUACUUCAGCAGAAGCAGCAGCUGCUGCAGCAGUUGCUGCAGCGGCAGCUGCAGCAACAGCAACAAGCCACGCCUGGGAACAUGUAUCAGGGCUAUUGCAAAGCCGCUUCAGGCGGCUCAACAUUAACAACAGCAGCAGCAACGGCGUCGGCAAUAGCUACAUCUACGGCGUCGCACGGGGCUGGCUUGAUGCCUUCAAGACUGCUCUUCUUUUCCGCACCUUCAUCGCCCUCGCCUAGUCCGCUACGGUCAGCACCCCAGGAGCGGGCACUACUGGUACCAUCGCAAGAAACUCCUGCGACCCCAGCUGCAUGUGCAGCGUACCCAUGUUCCCCUUCCUCGCCUCUGUACGGCGAUCGCUGGCCGGAGGAGGCUGUCAGGGCUGCUCGCAUGGGCACGGUGCAGUGUCAAUCCAGGCAGCGAGAGCGGGGGGAGUCGCCUAACCGGCAGCCGCCGGAGCAGCAGUCCCAGACGCAGCAGCUGCAGCAACUGCAAACCCGGCUGCUGCAGCAGCAACAACAACAACAGCAGGGGGCCUAUCAAGGCGCCGCUGCUGGUGUCUCCAACAGUGCACUGUUACCGCCGUCGCAGCUUCUAGCGACCCAACAUGCGGCUUGGGGAAUGCAGCCGCAGGUGACCAUGCAGCCGGCAGCGCAGCAGGCACACCAGAUGGGAUCUCCCAGUCGCGGGCAACAGGGCAUGCCGCAGGCAGCGACCAGGUUGAUGGACGCAGCAGCAGCGUCCAUGCAGGCGUUCGGCUCCCCGGUGUCCCCGCCCAUCUCUCCAGAUGACGAGAAGAAGCGGCCAAGGCCACCCCAGUCGCCCAUUAGGGCCCAGCACGAGCGUUUGCAACAGCAGCAGCAACUCCAGCAACCGCUGACUGUGCAGGAGCUGUUUGCCCUGCAACAGCAGCAGCAACGGCAGCUUCAGGGACAGCAGCAGCAGCACUCCAGCAGCUUACCGCACGCGCCUGCCGAAUCCGCAUUCGCCCGCGCCACAGCAGCUGCCGCGGCUGCACUGGCUGGCAGCAGGCGCUUCAGCCCGUCCUUCCAUGAGCCCACCUCACCUCCUGCGUCGCCAUUAAUCCAAGCAUACCACCACUCCGACUCCAACAACGUCGCCAACACCACCCCCUUAACCGCCGUGGACAGUGUACGGCGGACCCAGGAGUGGAUCAGCAGCACGGCCUCCCAACAAGGACACCAACAUCAUCAACAACAACAGCAACCCGGCCUCGCGAAUGCCCCCAGCUUCGCGCACAGCCUCGCAGUUGCGGCCGCGAAGCAGCUCCUGGGCACCUCCCCCAUCCCAAUCCCCGCCAUCAUUGGGCCCCCUGCCAUCACUGCAUCUUUCGCUCCAUCGUCUCCUCCCAGGCACACCUUGCCCACCGCCGCCAUCGGCGGAGUGUCCUACACCUCCUCCUCUCCAGGAUCCUUCCGCAUCCCUGCAGGCGUUACGGACGCCCCGGCUCCUGCCCCCACACCCCAGUUCCCCCUCGCACCUGGCUCCAACUCUCCCCAGGACAGCAUGCACCACCCGCCGCGGCCUCCGCCGCUGCAGCUGCAGCUGUUACAAAGCCCCAGCAUCGCCCGCUCCCUGUCGCCGAACCAACUGGAUACGCUGACGUCGCGUGUCAGUGGUGGCGGAUCGUCCCAUGGGUCGCGCAGUAACGCCAACUCGCCGAGCGGACGCCCGCGCCAUUCCAGCACGCGCAGGCGCCAGCGGGAGCAGCUGUUGUUGCUGGCGCAGCAGAAGCUGGCGGCCAGCCAGAUACCGCCCUCGCUGCUGGCCUUGUACGGCUCUCAUUUACUGCAGGAGUCUGGCGAGCAGUUUGUGGAGGCUCCGAAGCUGCCAAGCGGCCGGGCUUUCUUCGUGCCCCUCAAGCACGAGCACCGACUGGACGUGUCAUCGGAGCGCCUGAGCUCGCGGCUGUCGGGCGGCGGCAGCUGCCAGGACGCCGAGGAGCUGACCAGCGUGCGGUCUCUGGGCACCACAACCCUGGGAGCCAGCACGGAGGGGUUCGGCAGGUAGCUCCCACCCGCCGCCUUGUUUGGCACCAGCCGGGAUUGCUACCAUCCGCGUCAACGAGCACCAGCCAGGACUGCCAGCAGCUGCAUCUAAGUCAAUGACUGGGCAGUAGAUAGCGAAAUGGCUGCGGGUUCCUGUGCUGCGGUUGUUGUGGCGGGGGGCUGCUGCUGCUGCCGAGGUUGUGUGUUGCUUCUGCUGGCAGCUGUGUUGCCGGUGUUGCUGCUGGUGCUGUUGUUGCUGCUGCGGCUGCCUUAUGUGUUGCGCCUGUUGCUCUGCUUGGCAGCAUUGGGAGGGCAGGGGAAGGCCUUGCAGGCAGGUGCUGCAGAUGUGGUUGGCUGGUGGCUGGUGUGAUGGUGGCAGGUGGAUGAUGGUUGAGACGGGCUGGUGGAGAAAGGGUUUUCAGGGGGAGGCCGUUGCUGCAGGGCACGGUGGCGUCAACAACGGAGAUUGUGUUGGCGGCGGCGGCAGGGAGGAAGAGCAAGCUAGUGUUGUGUUGGAAGCGGGGGCGCGAGCAUGCCAUGUGUCUAAGCCUGCGUUCGUUUGGGCAUGUAGUCAACGGGCCUGGCCCCUUCUAUCUUUCUAAUUGUCUUUGCAGUCGUGUCGCUCCUCUGAUUAUGUUUGCCAAUCGACGCUUCACGAGAAGACGAGCCGCUCAUGUGACGGGCGAUGCGCGUUUCUUGCAGUACUAACUGAGAUGGCUUUAUGACCCGCGGGUCAGUCGCAGGGAUUUUGGCCUCCUGGUAUUCAUUCGGACGGGGAUUGAAGUUCGAUUGAGCGAAAAGGGACGUCAUUUCUAGGGGACGUGAGGGGCUAGUCUGUUGAGCGGGAGCGUAGGAAACUUGCUACCGGUACAAGCUUUUCCUUCGGCGUAAGUUUGGCAUGCGUGACAAUGUCUUGGGCGUGAUUUUACCUAACGCCGAGGUGCAUUCCUGUUGAGCACGGCAUGCAUGCAUCUGGUUGCGGUUAAUCUGGGUAACGAACUUGUCGGUUAUAGCAAUGAAGAAGCAGAGGUACAGAGCGGGACUUGAGGAUGGGGCAAUGAGCACAGGCAAGGGCGCUUACCGUACGGAACCGCGGCAUGUGUUGAGACAGAUGCAGCUGCGUGUUGAAAGCAGAGUGCUACUUUUACGAGGAGAGGAAAAUUGGAAGAGGUUAGCUGGCGGCGUAUCGUACUGUGUUUUUGCUGCAUGCAACUGAGGAGAGCAAGGAAAGGGAAGAAGAGGGCUCGUUGUGCGGUCUUCAUAAGGGCUGCUUGCACCUUGAAUUGCUGCGGAGGGCUCGAAUGGACACAUGGACGGACAGAGGGUGUUGGGAGGCGUGUGAGGCUGUGGGCCCGAACCGCGAGCCGCCCCUCUUGUCGCGUUUGCUUGAUUUUGGCUUUAUUAACAGGGAAUAACGUCGUAAAGGCAGGGCUAGUCAGGCGGGCUAGGUAGGUGGGUGUACGGUAGUUGGGAAGGAUGCCGUACAUGCAGACGACGUACGGAGCGGUUGUGGAGCGGUUGCAACGGUGAGAAGGCGCAAGGUGGUUGUACUGGACAAGAAGAGAAAGGACGAUGCUUUGGAGUGCUGACGUAAAGGGUGCUGAGGGUGGUUUAUUGAGAAGGGGAAAGGAUACGCGCGAUUUGGUUACUUAAUUGUAGCGAAGACGAAGCUGAAAGGGGAAUGAGAGGCUGCUAGUGGUUGCGAGUAACGGGGAACGCGUGAUGUGAUGGCAAGGUUAAGAUUGGUAGGCUUUCGGCAUUGAGGAAGGCCUCUGGCAAGCGGUUCACAAAGCGUCUGUUUACUCGACAUCAGCAAGGAGGGAUGCGUCGAGAGCCCGGCACAAACGACAUCAGAGGAGGGGUAGAAUGGAGCAGGCGAGAAGUGAAAGGGGCGGUGGGGUUUAAUCGCAGCAACCCCUCGUACGUACUGGUGAGUUGUGGGGAGGAAGUGGAUGGGGAGCGCGCUGUACAAGUGGAGCGCUGCGCAGUUGGAGAGGGGAAAUGUAGUUUGGUCAAUUUCUGAUUUUCAUUUGUAGACGUGAUGGAGGAUACACGUUACGUUUGUCAGCGGCGGCGGUGGUAGAGGUGGCGGUGGUUGUAGCGGCGGCGGUGGUGGCGGUGGUGGUAGCCACGAGGGGCAGGUCGAGAUGGGUAAUUUCAGGCUAGGGCCAGGAGGUCAAAUGGCGUGCGGUGGAGACAUGCUGCGUUUGAACCGUUUGCGACAUGGCGUGGUCACUCGCGCCUGUUGGCUUACAUGGGUUGCAUGGGGACUUCCGUAAUGCUUACUUUCGAGGUUCCCACGCUUGGCGUCCUGAGGUCAUCGUGGUUUGCGUGCGAUAUGUGCCGAGUUCUGUUGACAUUUAGGUUGGCUGGGGCUCAAUCUGGGGUUCACAAUAAAGGUUCUCAACAUGCGGCGGAAUGUUGGAUUUCGCCUCUUGCUUGCUUUUGCGGUUGCCUGGAAGCAUGGGGUUUGAACCGAUGCAGGACAGCUAAGCACCCCCCCUUUUUCACUCACGAUUGGUCUAAUGCAUCUAUGGCAACAUGUGUAUUGAUAUUGUCGGAUAGAAUGUUGGAUAAAAUGGUUCGCCGAGCGUCUGCGGAGGCAGUUAAUGCGGACUCCAUUGUUGUUUCCUAUGGAUACGAACGUGCUGCUGGUGGUGCUGGUGGUAGCGGUGCGCUCUGAUGCAGUUACAUGGCUGCUGGACCCGGACGUUAUGGCACGUCGUCAUCUAUCUAUCGUACGCGCCGUCGGCGUUGCUGUUGUGUCCUGUCAGUCCGUUAGGGUGUGUGAGAUGUGUGACCUGUGUUGUUUUUGCGCUUUUGCUUCAAGACGGGCAUGUAGCUUGGGUUUGGCUUUUGUUGCGGGAUAGAAUGCGCUGCAGGGUGCCGUGUGAAAGCACGGAUGGUGCGACGGCGUGGAUAUGUGUAGGUUCGUCUGUUGCAUGUUGCGGUGGAUGUUAUAAAAGUAGUUUGGUAUCUCCUCUUCCUUAGAGCCGCAAGCGGAAUAAUGACUGUUGCUGGGCCGGCCAUUUAUUGCGCUGUGUCCUUAGAGGCCCCUUCCGGGCCAAUUGCCGUACGACACAAAUCUCUGGACCUCACUUAUCGUGCGGUUUUAGUACUAGUGGCGGGUAUAUGAAGGGAAUGCAGGGGAAACUGCGUGUGUCCAAGAGCGGUUUAGGGGUGCGUUGGGGUGUGUGAGUUAGGUAAUGGUACCGGGCGAGGUGUGGUUGGGUUUUGUGCUGCUGUGAGGUACGUAAUGAUACGCGUACAGCCGAGGCAAAGCAGGCAACCCUACCGUACGUGGGGCUAAGCAGGGCUGUCAUGGCGUGUCCAGUGACUGACUCAUCUUGUGUCAAGCACGCGUCGUGUCAUGACAGGGCUGCGAAGGGCUAAUGCGUGGAGGAAAUGUGCCUGUCCAUUGACAUAUUAUCCGGCGUUUGAACCUGUUUGUUUUCCACUUAUCGGUCUUCAUGGAGAUGUUUUGGUCCGAAGGCGAGCAGCGAAGGAGGCUCCAGGGUUUCAGUUUCGUACAUGUGGGGCGGCUUCAAUAACGUGCGGUAGAAUAUGAUUAAUGGUUGUAUAUGCUUAUGUUGGUUUUGGGCUACUUAUAUAUUGAUUGUUUGACGGUGGUUCAAGGGGUGCGGUAUUCGACGCCCACCGUUGUGCCUAUGCAGUUCGGUUAGUUGCAUGGGCGGCGCUAUAGGGCAUGGGCCUCUGCCCUGGCCUUCUUCGUAUUGUGCUGUGCAGUACCACAUUUGACUCGUCAUUCGCUGCUUGGACCUGUCCCAUUCAAGUAAUCCAAUGGUUACCUACGCGUG